UCUUGACCGCUGAUUCUCAUGCUCCCGACUUUUCCUUUCAAUCAAUCCUGAUUUUAGUAUGUUGUUACUGUUUCCAAAGGAAUAGAGUGGGACGUAUAAUUUUAGUUAUCAGAAUGUAUCUCUGAAUUAAGUAAUUAUUUGAUUAAGUUUUUUUUGGUCAAAAGUGUAUUUUCUGUGAUUCAAAUUAUGGUGGUAGUUGAUCAAUCGAAGAAGGACUUAGUUUUAACUUUAGCCGAUGAUGAAGAGACUGAAAAAAUGGAACGGGAAGCUCAACGUAAAAAAGAAGGGCGCUGCCUAGCUAUAGUAGUAGUGCUUUUCCUGAUUGGCCUAGCGGUGUAUCACGGUAUACCCAACUCAGCUACAAGCAGAUUAUCAGCUUUAAUUACUGCGGGAAUCAUUUUGUGCCUUUAUUUUUUAUGGAUGUGGUAUGCUGCACAUAGAAGAAAAACUAAACAAAAAGAUCAAGAGCUUAAACUUGAAAAGCAUGUCUCAUCGGUUCUAGAAAACUUAAACAAUAUAAAAACGCGAUCAAGUACAUCGACUCCUAAUAGUUUUAAAGAUUUAGCAUCUCGGAAUACUAAUAUCUUAAGAGAAUUUAAACAAAAAUUAGAAAGACCGAGAAUUUUCAGAAAUUUUGAUAGGGGGCGUUGUAAAUCUAAUAUUGAGAUAGCAACUUUACACAGCGAAUCAUCGUCCAGAAAGUCUUCUAGUGAUGGAGAUAUUUUCAUUAGGACUUACUCAAUAGCAUAAUUGUUUAUCGCGUAAAUAAGAGAAAUAGAUAUUCCUUUGCCUGUAAAUAUAAAUUACAAUUAUAUAGGUUUACUGAAAUUCUUUUGUUCAGUUUUUAAUAUAAACUUACACAAGUAAUUAGUUUAUCGAUUUAUUUGUUAUUUGAAUUAUAAUAUUUUUAUCUAAUUCAUCAAUCGUAUAUGUAAAAACAUUUAUUAAGCUGAAAUGAUUUAACUUUGAAGUACCAAAUAGGAUUUCGAACAAGAAAUGCCGUAAAAAUAGAUGGGCAUGAUCCUGGCAUUGGUGAGUAUUAUUAAAAAUAUUUUAUUUUA